AUGUUCAAUAUCACUAGCCACCAAGGAAAUGCAGACCAAAACUAUGUUCAGCUUCAUGCCACUGAGAUCAGACUGGCAAUCACCAACAGGAAAGAAAAUACCGUGAACUCAGACCUUUGGUUCUCUCUGCCUGGCUCUCCACAGGUGGCUCUGCAGAGCCUUCUGGUCUGUGUCAUCUUAUUCUACACUGUUUACUACCUGUCAUUGAGUACCUGCUGCCUGGCACUCAGGGCAUGUGAGCUGGAUAUUCUGGCACCGUUUGAUUUCAAAACACGACCUUCUUGGCUCAACACAAACUAUAAAGUUCUUUUAGUCUCAACAGAAGUCACCUACUUUGUGUGUGGGUUGCUUUUUGCUCUGAUUGUAGAAGAAUGGGUUUGGGAUUACGCCAUUUCUGUGACUAUCCUUCACGUAAUCAUCACAUCAGCUGUGAUGUCGGAAUUCCCCUUGACGUCACAUUGGUGGGCUGCUUUAGGUACAUGAAUGGCUCAAGUUUAGAUCCUGUAAUGUGCAAAAACAUUAGGUAGAAUAAAUG